UAUCUGAUGCUCAAUCUCUAAUAGAGUAUCAAGACAAAGUAGUAGCAUGUGUUUUAUGCCUUAUUUUGCUAACAUCAGUCAUGAUGAUUAAAACCAGUUUCAGAACCAAUCUAGCUAUUUUUGAAUAUGAAAAAAAGAAAAAAUACCAGGAGGGAAAGGUUGAAAUUUUCCAUUCAAUAACACAGCAGCCAAAAUAGCAAAAGGUCUAUUUUUAUACAGUAAAGAAGUAGUAGGGCUAUGCUGAAAAUUAAUAGUGCAGAGAAUCCGACUUGUCUAUGUGGUGUCUCUUUCAGAUCUUCCAUUACAAUUUUUAGACUACAUGGGUUCAGUAACGUUAUCCUUAUUUUACGUCAGAGUCGGUCAUGCUAUGUUUGUUCCGUGGACCGACAUGAUUUGCAAGGACACAGCCUCUAGGCUACUACUCGAACUUUAGCAUGUUAAAAGCGUACAUUCACAUUAUGUGGAAAUUAAAAACGUCAUGUAGGCCUACAUUCAACGCAGAUUCUUGUACUCUAAGACUAAGUGACUGCAAUAACAGCGUAAUGUCAUCUCAGAUUAUGAUUUCACACAACUUGGUUUAAUGAAUUCAAGGAUCACGUUAGUCGUUUUUGAAAACGCACGAAAUAAUGUCGAAUGUAGCACAUGUAUGUUACAUAUUAGGCCUAUAUACUUAACGUAUUAAUUGUUAAAAGACUUCGGCGAUUUUAAACCGCUUUGCAAUCGAACAGAAUUUAAUGCCGCGUCCUCAUCUUAAAUCAGGCCUACGUUGCAUCUCCGAACAGGAAAAACUUUCCAUGCGCUUUGGCAACUAUAUGCGCUUUGUCACUAUGGCAACGCAAGUUCAGGCAGUAGCCUACUGUGUUUUUUGAUAGAGGCCUAAACACCAAAGUAAUUAACCGAAAAAGAAAACACUCGACGCGUUUCAAAAGUUUCUUAAUGAUCAGUUCGUUUAAACUAUGCAAUAAUGUGAGCAGCUGAAGGACCGGAGAAAAACAUAUUGACAAUGAGAAAAUGGGUUGUCUCUGGCUGGCAAGGUGGCAGAAGUGAGGAGUUUGAGAACCGGAGGAACCAAUCAGUGCACUAUGACAGCCCUCAGGGACUGGACUACUAUGACCAGCGCGCGACUCCUGGAGCCCGGCCACCCGUGCGCCAUGUCGACAACUCCCCCCUGGGCCAUGUCCAGCAGCGUUCCUUAUCAUCAGACAGAAAGUCCGCCCCCCUGGACAGGAAACAGGGCAGCCCAUCGGUGCUGCGCAAGUUCGGCGCCAUGCUUCAGGAGAACGAGGGGAAGCUGCUGACGGAUGCCGGCGUGGUGGCGCCCUCCCCUCCACCGACCGUGACCACCGGCUCCUCUCCCAUCAGCCCCCGCCGCUCACAUGCACGCACGCCUUCACACUCCCACGCGCACGCGCGCUACUCCAACCCCAGCCCCACUCCCCCUCCACACUCCUCACCCAAACUCACCCCCACCCAGGGGCAGCAGCGAGGGGGGCAGUGGGGCGAGAGGAGGGACCGGGACGUCUCUGGUGGCAGGGUGCCGGUCCAAGGGGGCGACCCGGCCACUGAUUACUGGAUGGUGGAGCACAUCCUAAACGGACCGAGCGUGGGCCGGCGCCGCAGCCACAGCAGUGGCAGUGGGGGCUGCUACAGCAACGGGGGUUACUACGGAAACGGAACAGGCAUUAGCCGAGAGGAGAGCGGUCUGGUGGAGCUACUGAGCACGCUGGACAUUCAGCAGCAACAGCAGCGGCCAGCCAGCAGAGUCUCUCACACACCGCCGGUCAGCCGCGAGUCCUCUCCAGCACCUUCAAGGCGGAGCUUCUCCCGUCCUGCCCGGCCAGCCAAUCAGCGCCCACCUUCCAGAUGGGCCAGCCAGACAGGCUCCACCCGCCCCAGGCUCUCCAGCCAUUCAGGUCCCAUGAGCCGUCCCCCAAGUCCCGCCCGCAAAGCCAGGCCAGCCAAUCAGAGCUUCAGCUCCUACUCGCUGCACACAGAAACGGUCAUCAUGUGACAAAUCUGUGCAGGGCCAUCUCUGAAAGACAUUAGCAUUCAUAAGUGCUUACACGGACUGGUUUAAACACUUUUGUCAACCUGCCUUAUAUUCUUGACGUUUUUGAAGUACUAGUCGGAGGACUAUCCCCCACCAGAGUCUCUAGGCUCACAAUGACUUCAUAAGUGUUUGCAAAGGGAUUCCCAAAAGCCUGGAUCCUUUUCUGCACAUCUGUGGUUUAAAUGUAUCUCAGAAGGUACUUAAAGUAAAAUGCCACUUCAACCCCUGUGUACAACCUUUAUUUCUUUCUGUAUGUUUUCUUUUGUACCAUGACAUUUUAUUGUAUGUGCUGAGGGCUUCGACUGGUGCACUGUCGUUCCUUUAGUUUAGUGUUACACAUCUCUGCCAAACUGUAAGUGCAGCCUUCAUCCGUUCUCCCAUACAGACUUCAUGUAUACCCAACACAAGUAGCAGACACACACACUAAAUACACACAUGCGCGCACACAUACACAUACACACACACACACACACACACAACAGCAGUGGGCUUUCACAGAAAUUCAAGCCUCUCUCGGCCCUUGUGCAUGACUGCCCGGUGCCCACGCACAGUGUGUUUGACGUGUAUGUAAAUGUAUUUAUUUCUUUAUUCAUCUUGGCGUGCAGAGUUUGACAAAAAGCCCUAAUUCUGAAAGGUGCGGUGCUGUCCUGUGCGCUUUUGUAAAGGCUGUAUGCGUAUCUGUUGCACUUCAGUGAGAUGCAUGGGUGUGAUGCCAAGCCCUCUCUCUUUCUCUCUCUCUCCCUCUCUCUCUCUUUCUCUCUCUCACUCGUGUGUGAGUGUGUGAAAAAUAAUGUAAAAAAUGACAAAGAAAUGAAGCCGUAAACUGUAAGAGUGUAGCCUCUUAUAAAGGUAAAUACCUUUACAAAGAGGCUUCAUGGUGUCUUCAUACAGAUUUUAAUGAAGCACAACAUGAAAAAAAAAUAUUUUUAUCUGUAUCAUAUUUAAAAGUGACCAUAUUGUUGUUAUGAUUGUAAUGUAAUGCCUUUUUUCCUCCUCUUGAUAAUAAAUGCUUCAGUGCUUUGACCAA